AUGAGAAGUGAGUUGGAUCAGGGGGGCUGGAACCCAGUCAUUCGAAGGAGAAGCGUGGGCAAUCAUAGUGGUCAGUCAAGGGAAGUAGUUCUGAUCACAGUUUUCGUGGAUAACAUCCCUGAAUCAAUGGAUCCUCCAGGCUUGUUCUAUCUUUUUCGGAAGUUUGGUCUAGUUAAAGAUGUGUUCAUCCCGGGGAAGAGGAGGAAAGCAACAAAUUCCAGGUUUGGGUUCGUUAGAUACGACUGUGAGGUAGCUGCACGGGUGGCGAUUCAAAAGGCAGAUGGAUUGUGGUGUGGAAACAAGGCACUGAGGGUCAAGUGUGCUGAGUAUCAAAAACCACUGUCAGUGGGGCAGCAGAAGUCUAAGGGGCAGAGCAGAGAAGAUGAAGGUCGUAUAGUGAAUCGGUGGGUGCAAUCAAAGCAGUGGAAAGGAAAUGGAGUCUAG